AGACUUUCCCAAUUCCCUCUUCUUCGCAUAUUACAUCUCCAAGCAUCUUCAUCCCUGAUUCUUCUCCAAAAAUGCACGAUUUUUCGCUUGAUUUCAUCGCCAAAGGAAAGAAAUUCAUCACAGACUUCGUCAUCGAAUGAAGUUCUCCAAAUUCGCUUGAUUUCAGAUUAGGAGAAGCCACUGACCUAAUUUACCCUUGAUAUUUCCUCUGCCAGUCCAAGGAAGAAUGUGAAUAUUUGAUUAACCUUGCUAAACCCCACAUGCAAAAGUCAACUGUGUGGUUGAUAGUGAAACUGGCAAGAGCAAAGAUCGCAGGGUGCGAACAAGCUCGGGAACAUUUCUUCUUAGAGUACGUGAUAAAAUGGUCAGGGAGAUUGAGAAAAGGAUUGCAGAUUUCACCUUCAUACUUGUGGUAGCAACACAGCAAGGAGAAAUGUAUUUGGGAAAAAAGAGGUUUAUGUUUCUUAAUAUCUUUAUCUCUUCAACAUGGGAGGAAUAGGAAGAUUAUUGUAUUGCAGUUGGUUGUAGUGAUGACUCUCUUUACUUUUGGGACAUUUUGAAGUGUAAGAGAAUUUGUCAAAUAAGUUGUUCAGGUUGGUUCAUCUAAGGAAGUUGUUCAGGUUAGCAUGUCGGAGCAGUAUUUGCACGGUGGUGACAUUGAGGUAAGACCAUAGUCCUCCAUUAUUUUUGUUAAUGGGCAAGUGAAAGUAUUUUUAGCCAUGGUUUUCUGAAUUUUAAUUAGGUGGUUUCAUCGAAGUUUUUCUUCCCGUUGGCAAUUGAUUGUCACGAAAUUGAUGGAGCCGAACGUUGGAGCGUUGAAUGCUUCGCCGGUUUAUGCUCGUUCCGUUGACGACGACAAAGGAGUCGUAGACUCCUUUUCUUUCUUUUACUGGUGCGUGAAAUUGGAUUGCUUUCAAUACUAUCCCCCAAUUAUUGGAACAGCGUGUCACCAGGAGAUAUUGCCGCGCCACUUGAGAAGUAAUUUUCAGAAGAAGUUCAAUAGCAAAAAACUGAAGGGCUUGAUGUAUCAUGCAGCUAGUACCCCAGAUGUCUCUGAAUUCAAUAGAACAAUGCAACAAAUUAAGUCACAACGGGAGGAGGCAUAUGACUGGUUGUUGGCUUUGCCAUUAGAGAAGUGGGCACUCUGUUCCGAUGGUGGGGCUCGAUAUGGAAUCCUGACCACUAAUCUUUCAGAAAGCUACAAUCACGUGCUUAAGGGAUGCCGAUCUCUUCCAGUAUAUGCCAUUGUGAAGACGACGUACAAGCGAUUAGUAAAAUUAUUUGCAGAAAGGCGUACAAACGGAUUUACAUGGCUACAAGCGGGAUUUAAGUUCCCAAAAUAUAUUUGGAACGAGAAAGCUACAAUCACGUGCUUAAGGGAUGCCGAUCUCUUCCAGUAUAUGCCAUUGUGAAGACGACGUACAAGCGAUUAGUAAAAUUAUUUGCAGAAAGGCGUACAAACGAAUUUACAUGGCUACAAGCGGGAUUUAAGUUCCCAAAAUAUAUUUGGAACGAGGUGAGACGCAUGGAAGACGCAACAAGGGAUUUAUCGGGUCGUUGUUGAGGUUUUAGUAGAAGUGCGUACAAUGAAACUGGUUGAGCAUUUCAGUGGAUUGCUUUUUGAAACAUCGGUUUCUCAGCUCACUCAAAUGCAUACUAGCCCAAUAAACAUUCAGUUGUUAUGUUUUCCCUUUCUUAUUACUGUUUUACAAAAAGUAUGUAUGAUUGGUGACCAUUAACAUCUUAUAUGUAUAUUGUGCAAGUUGGACAUGGACAUAUGCAUUGAAAACGACCUAUAUUUUUGUAAAUAAUAACAAAUGGUAACAUCU